AUGAGACGACUAGCAGUUUCCUCAUGUCUGAUAGGUUAUCUGUUAAAGUGUUGCUUAGUAAACACUCAAAUGAAAUCUUUAUUACUAUUUGUUACUCGGCUUAACUUAUUAUUUUUUCCCCUUCCUUUGGUUACUCUACUGAAAUUAAAGGUAAGACACGAAAGUCCGUGA